AUGAGCAAAAUUCUACCGCCGAAAUCUCGCGAGUUCCACCUCGCUGCCUGCUCGCCCCCACCAACACCUGUCUCGGCUCGCAUUCGUGCCCCAGGCACGAGCUACGCCGCUUUCGUGACCAGGAUUGAAAACUCGUCGUCCCGGUUGCUAGAUUUCGAAAAGGACGAGCGGUGGCUAGGUCAGGUUGAGACCAUGAAGGGCCGUGUGGAGGAGCUCAAACGGAGGAACCACCUAGCUCUCGCAAAGGAGGUUGCCAGCUCUCCGCGCAAGAGCAGAAGUAUGAGCGAGUGCAGUGGCGUGUCAACGGCAUCCACAGCGUCAAUGUCGUCAAUGGACAUGCCCGAGAUCAGUUGUCAGUAA